CUCUACUCUAAUAUACGCAUCCUAGGCGUUUUUAUUUCUCAGGCCGAUGCAACACUGGUACUUGCCACCUAUGGAACCAUUGCUUCCGAGUUCAACGACCUGCAGAAUGGGAGCUGGUUGAUAUCGAGCUACAUGCUUGCCAUGUGUACAGCGCAGCCUCUGUACGGAAAAUUAAGCGACAUUUUCGAGAGGAAGAAUAUGCUACAAGUCUCCUAUGGCUUGUUCGCCUUGGGUAGUCUGUUAUGUGGAUUUGGGCAAUCGAUUCUGCAACUUGUCGUAGCUCGCUCUAUCCAAGGAUUGGGUGGUGCUGGGAUGGUAUGUCUCGUGUCAAUCAUCAUUACCGAUUUGAUCCCACUCAGAGAAGUGGCAACGUACAGAAGCUAUGUGAAUAUCAUUCAAACCAUGGGCCGAUCUUCAGGGGGUGCUAUUAGAGGCUUCCUUGCUCAGGCAAUCGGCUGGCGAUGGGCCCUCUCAGUUCAGUCUCCCUUGACUUUAGUUGCCAUGGGCCUCAUGACCGUUGGCCCGAAUAUCGACAACAAGCAAAAUAGAAGCCAGGAAGGGGAUGAUGCUCCGCAGUCCACUCUUACUCAGAGCCUGCGCCAUGUAGACUUUGCCGGCGCACUCUUCAUGAGCAUCUCGGUCCUUUCAUUGCUUCUCAUUCUCGACGUGGGAGUUGCUGGCAACGCUAUCGGAGGACUCCUUACUGGUAGAGCGAUCAAGAAUACCGGCCGAUACAAACUCGCCACUAUCCUGGCACCUGUGAGCUCAUGCUUCUGCUUCGUGCUUCUCCUAUCUUUCUGGAAUGGAAAGACACCGAUUUGGCAGUCCCUCUUGGUUUUCUUCGGCGGAUUUGGAACCGGAAUCGCGCACUCGGCCAUCUUUGUGGCCAUCGCAGCUGGGGUCGACGAAGAACACAUGGCCAUCGCGAGCUCUGGUAUCUAUCUUAGCACGAGUGUCGGUGCUGUAACCGGUAUAUCUGCUGCAAGUGCCGUUAUGCAAGCCGUUCUACGGCCGACUUUAGAGAAAUCCUUGAUUAGCGUUGUACCGAACGCUCAAGCGGUGGUCGAAAAGGCACUCUCAGAUAUUAAAUACGUCCAAAAACUGGAAGGCUUGGCUCACGAACUCGUCGUGGACGCCUAUCUCCAGAGUUUCCGAGGAAUGUUCAUUCUGUGCAUCAUCCUAAGCUUUCUGUGUUUUCUCGCGGGAUUUUUUCUUAGGGAAAAGCGUCUGAGUUGA